UCAACCAUCACCAAAAAGUCUGGAAAUACUGGUGAAGUCUCCAUUACUCUGUUCUUAGGGAGCCCAUCACAAUACUGCAGUGAAUGCCCAGUACAUCAUGUUUGGUCGAGACACCUUCAUCGUUGAUGGUUCCUCUAACAGAAAUGCUAGGCUUUGGGCAUCAGAAAGAAAAUUUAUGGACACCCUGGAACAGGAAAACAGAUGGCACCUGAAAAAGCCAUCAACACUAGUCUAUUCCAAAAGCCCACGGAGUCAUAUUCGAGGUGAAAGGAACGAGAAUAAAAAAAAGAGGAUGUCAGCCAAGCAGCCAAUAUUUGAGGAUGGGCAGCUCUUCAAUCCCAGCGAACCUCUCAGAAGUACAGAGCAAAAGGCUGCUGAGAUUUCAAAACAGAAGAGUAGCAAUAGCAAAAGUGCAAAGAACAGCGAGAUGAAGCCUAAGGACCAACAGCCACAAGAGCUUCAGUUACCCAGAAUUGAUCAACCUCAACUGCCUUCUCGCAGUAAGACUCCUUCAGAUGACAUGGUGCAAAGUCGGGUGACAACUCCACAGCUGAGCAGUAUCCUAACUCAAAAGAAAUAUGAGAGCCUUUUCAAACACAAUCUAGAGGAAGAUCUUCUGAAAAGAAUAGCAAGGCGAAAAGUCCGUCGGCGUGUAUUUGGUGAAAUUAAUACCCAAAAACUCAACCAGUUUGGGACUGCUUCUUCCCCUUUUCAUACGCUGGCAACAACAGAGAUAGAGGUUUUAACUUUACCCAGCAACUUACCCAUGACACCACGGAUGAUGAGCAAGGGAAUAGUUUGCACCACAGAGUCCGACUUAAAAUCUAUGCAACUCACCUUCCCAGAGCUGGAUGAAGAGAAUGCAGAAGAGCCUAAGCCCAGUGACAAGAAAAAACCUCUGGACCAUACAAAAAAGCCUAUACUGCCUCAAUUGAUUAAACCCACAAGAUCCCGACUUUCUGAAAAUAAGAAGACUUCAGGUUGCCGUCUUCCCUCUGUCCCCACAGUAAGGGCAUCUGCAUCACUCAAGUGGGGAAAGUACUAAUUUUUUUUUAAGCAAUGCCACGUGACUCCCAGGGCUCCAGGCACUGUCAUCAUGGGAUCUAGGCAUGGACCACCAACUGUCAUUCACUUAGAAGUCAAGCACUACUUUGAUAUAUGAAUGUUUCAGGGAAACAACAUUGAUAUAUAUUGUAUUGCAAGUGCAGAAAUGGUCAAAAAUAGCCAGUUAAAGCAAGUCAUGCGAGCCUCUUUGGCGGGCAAAGCUAAAAAGGCACCAGAAUAAAGUGUAUGGCACCAGAAUAAAGCAAGGCUGAUUUUUAUGAGGGGUGCCAAGUGGUACUUUUAAAUGUUGUCAAGGAGCCAUACAGAACACAGAAGAAAGCAGUUUUAAAAAGAAGAAGAAGAAUAUAUGUAUAUGCUAUCUCAUAUGUUUUAUUUUUUUAAUUG